UACUAAACGAGGAACACUUCCUUAUUCAAGGGUUAAAAGCAAAACACCAUGAGAAAGCACUAACCAUAGCGAUAGAAAUUGGCGACCGAAAUGGGGAAGGAUCAACAUACGGGAACCUCGGAACUGUGUUUUAUAACCUUGGGGAAUAUCAGAAGGCUAAAGAAUAUGACGAGAAAGCACUUGCCAUCGCGAUAGAAAUUGGCGACAGAUGUGGAGAAGCAAUAGGAAACGGGAACCUCGGAACUGUGUUUUCUCACUUAGGCGAAUAUCAGAAGGCUAAAGAAUAUCACGAGAAAGUACUUGCCAUUGUGAUUGAAACUGGCGACAGAAAUGGACAAGGAACAACAUACCUGAACCUCGGAAGUGUGUUUUCUCGCCUCGGGCGAAUCUCAGAAAGCUAAGGAAUAUCACGAGAAAGCACUUGCCAUUGCGAUAGAAAUUGGCCACAGAAAAGUAGAAGGAAAAACAUACGGAAACCUCGGAGCUGUGUUUCACUCCCUUGGCGAAUAUGAGAGGGCUAAAGAAUAUGAUCAGGAGAAAGCACGAAGAAAGGGAGAAACAACAAGAUACCUAGACCUCGGAAAAAUGUUUCAUUCCCUUUGCGAAUAUCAGAAGGCUGAAGAAUAUUAAGAGAAAGCACUUGAUAUAGGGAAGGAACAAUAUACGGAGGCCUCGGAAAUGUGUUUGAUUCCCUUGGGGAAUAUCAGAAUGCUAAAGAAUAUUACCAGAAAGCACUUGCCAUCGCGAUAGAAAUUGGCGACAGAAAUGGGGAAGGAGUAACCUGGGGGGCCUCGGAAAAGUGUCUUCUCACCUUGGCGAAUAUCAGAAAGCUAAGGAGUAUCACGAGAAAACACUUGCCAUCGCGAGAGAAACUGGCGACAGAAAAGUAGAAGGAACAGCAUACGGGAGCAUCGGAGUUGUGUUUUCUCAUCUUAGCGAAUAUUAGAGGGCUAAAGAGUAUCACGAGAAAGCACUUGCCAUCGCGAUAGAAAUUGGUGACAGAAAGGGGAAAGCAACAAGGUACGGUAACCUCGAUGCUGUGUUUAAUUCCCUUUACGAAUAUCAGGAGGCUAAAGAAUAUUAUGAGAAAGCACUUGCCAUCGCGAUAGAAAUUGGCGACAGAAAAGUAAAAGGAACAACAUACGGGAACCUCGGAAAUGUGUUUUCUCGCCUUUGCGAAUAGCAAAAGGCUAAAGAAUAUCACGAGAAAGCACUUACCAUCGCGAUAGAAAUUGGUGACAGAAAGGGAAAGCAACAGGGUACGGUUACCUCGGAACUCUGUUUGAUUCUCUUGGCGAAUAUUCGAAGGCUAAAGAAUAUUACGGGAAAGCUCUUGCCAUCGAGAUAGAAAUCGGCGACAAAAAAGGAGAAUGUUUGUCAUACUUCAAUCCUGGAAACAUUUACAGUACGCUUCGAAAGAGUCGGCAUGCUAAAGAACAUUUGGACAAAACAGUCGCCGUCAGUAUAGCGAUUGGUGACAGAGAACUAGAAGCCAUUGCUACUGCAGCAUUGGCAGAUGUCUCUGCUUCUGUGAAUGACAACCAGAAGGCAAAAGAACAUUGUGAGAGGGCGCUUAUCAUCAGCAGCAAGGAAUGUGACGAUAGGAAGUUAGAAGCACAACUUUACACAACGCUUGGAAAAGUAUUCCGAUGGCUUGGUGAAUAUGGCAAGGCAGCAGAUUAUAUUAAGAAAGCUUGCUCCAUAAGCAGCCAAAUUGGACUCAAAAUGUUCGAGUUUCAAAGCCUUCUCAGUAUUACACAGUUAAAGAUAUUUCAGUCAGAGGCUGUGGAGGCAAAGGGAUAUCUUCUUCAAUGUAUUGGAAAAUAUGAACAAAUUAAAACUUCUCUGAAAGAAAACAGUGAGUUGGAAAUGUCUCUAUUAAAGGAACGCGGUUCUUUUCCCUAUCAGUUACUCAGCAACUUGCUUUGCAAGGCUAAACAUUUUUCGAGAUGCUCUCUAUGUUCAGGAGCUGGGACGAGCAAGAGUUCUCGCAGAAAUCAUGGCAGGCAAAAAUUCCGCUGAAAGCCACAUCUCAGCUGAUCCACAAUCAUGGUUCGGGAUUGAAAACAUUAUGAAAAGAGAAAGUAACUGUUUUUUUAUACAUUUCUCAUACAGAGUGGCAAGUUAUUCUCUGGGUAUUGAAAGUAAAUGGAGACAUUGCUUUCGAGCAGCAGACGAAGUCAAAGUAGAGACUCUUAUUGCUGAUCAAGUUUGCGAUUUGGAGGGAGUUUUCAAAAAGAGUGCCACCUGUUUUGGCGUUUUACCCACAGCCAACUGCGAAGCCCGUUCUUUGGAUAACAGCGUGACGACUUCUGUUCAUGAAGAGAGCCGGGCAAAUUUACGAGGUGACGAAACUAAAGAUACCUGAAGGAUUCAUCAUUCGUGUUAGCAAUGGAUCGUCGCGCUUAUAGCAGAUUUACUUACAGAGCCUGAAAUCAUCAUUAUGCCGGAUCGUUUUUCGUACAGAGUCCCAUAUGCUGCCUUGCGUGAUGAAUCAGCCAGAAAGUAUUUAUCGGAGAAGUACAGAAUACGCAUCGUCCCUUCUCUAACGACUCUUCGGCACAUUCAAGAAUGUCCAUCCGACUAUCACAGUCAAAGUGACGCACUGGUCGUGGGUAAUCCUACGGUACGCAAAGUCUUUUACAAUGGAGGAGUCCUUGACGUUACACCAUUGUCCUGUGCAAAUAAGGAAGCACAGAUGGUUGGUCGACUGCUGGACGUUCAACCUUUAACAGAAAGGCGCGCAACAAAGCAGGCAGUACUUCAAGCAAUACCUUCAGUGAGUCUGAUACAUCUUGCCGCACAUGGAAAUGCCGAAAGAGGAGAGAUUGCCCUCUCUCCUCAAUGUACCAGUAAUAGUUCUCAAUGUAGUACUAACAUUACUUCAAAGGAGGAAGAUUACCUCCUGACAAUGUCCGACAUUCAAGGAGUUCAAGUGCGAGCUAAACUGGUCGUACUCAGCCGUUGUCACAACGGGCGUGGAUUGGUUAAAAAGGAAGGAGUAAUUGGAAUCGCUCGAGCAUUCUUAGCCUCCGGUGCACGUUCAGUGUUGGUGGCAUCGUGGGAUAUAGAAGACGAAGCAACGGCCAAGCUCAUGGAGCAUUUCUACAAACACCUUGUUCGUAGAGAAAGUGCCUGUAAAUCUCUUCACCAGGCCGUCCAAUGGUUAAGAAGCAAUGGCUUUCCCAAACCUUCGCAAUGGGCUCCUUUCGUGCUGAUAGAGGAUAACGUGACAUUUGACUUUUUGAGAAAAGGGAAAGAAGAACUCAACGAGGACAACAAAGAGGCAGAGAAGGAACAGAGUGACUACUCAUCCCACACAAAUAUUCUUCUUCCCUUGCAUCUUUUUUGAAUAGACACUAGUUUUGGUUUGCGUAGACAUUUUAAUUUUUUUUCCUAAGUCAAGUAGCUUUUGCAGGCUUUUGUAAGCAUGGCUGAGUCGAAAGGGAGCGACAGCGAAACUUGCAAUUUAGCUGUUAGAUCUGUUAAGUAUUUUGAUAGGGAACUAAAAUUAAACUUGGAAUGAAAAAAUUGAGAGCAGGAAGUUAGUUUAUCGUUAAAAAAUGUGAGAAGGGAACAAACAAUGUGCAAUAUUCAAAAAAGUUAUUAACAAACAAAAAAGAGAAGAAACGGGGAGAAAAUUUUUGAGGAAAAAUUAGGAGUAGACUUUGCGCGAGACACAAUAGUCAAACAGAAAAGUGCAAACAGGUUGUCGGAUAUUGACGUGACCAUCAGCCAGAAUUCGUAAAAAGUCCAGGUCGCUAGAUUCUGAUGUAGGAAAUAGAUAUAAAUUUGUACGAAGAGUGAGGUAGAAUUAACUCGGAAAUCAAACAGGCAGGAGAAAAAGCAUUAA